CUCAGCGCAGCAUUCGACGUUGCUACCUCCGACUGUCACUGCGCCUGUACCUGCCGCCCAUCAUGAAACAGAGAAAGCGACGCACGUCUAUCAGCAUCGUUGUCGAACUGGUUAAAAAAGGGAGCAAGGCAAGCUGGCGGUCUGGAAUGUAUGCAGAUAAGACGAAUACACCCCUCUCUCCAGCGUAUGUGUUGCACGCGGAUGGUGAUACCCUCCUUUCAGCGCUGACAACGACGUGUGAGUGGUUCGUAUGCAGGCGAGAGUGGACCGUCCCCGCCUCCCCUCAUCUCGAACACCAAUCGACCCGACCCACGACGCUCCCACGCCGCGCGCCAUUGCCCUUUGAAUUAGCGGAGCAGCGCGCCCAGGCACGAACUGCAGUGAUCGCUUGGUCUGGCUCCCGGCAGCUCGCGAGACGUUACACCGAGCUACAUGCCAGCAGGCAACCUCGCCGCAAGGGAGACACGUUGUCAUCGCCAGGGCAGCGCAUAGAAGGCCCAGCACACAAACGUGUGCGCUCUAAGACAUAUCACGGUCGCUGUCAUUCGAUUCUCGUCUUUGCUUGCAGCCAGCUUGCAAUCAACAAUCCACUCUUACUUUCCGCACUUCCAUCCAUCUAUCGCCCCAGGGGCGACCUCAUUUUUGAGACCUAGACACGCUGCACACAACGCGUCUAGAUGAACGCAGGGUGAAGUGGAUUUGGACGUGCUCUCCACUAGGCUGGCCAGUUCUGCUGUGACCAUCCUGCAGCGAUCCUAAUCACAUCUCGCAAACGGCUUUGACGGUA